AUGGCGACCGUCACAGAAGCUGUAAAAGAGUCCCUACUGGGCUCAUCGGCUCCCUCAAGCCUGUCGACAGAGUCGCGCAUGACCUUCCUGCGACAUGCAAACAAGGAUGAAGAUGGAGAGCUUUACAUGAACGAGGAGGAUUUUAUCAAUGCCAUCGCGCCACCAGAGGAAGAUUAUCACAAAAUUAAACGGGAACAAUAUGGCAUCCUCUUCGGGGUCGCGGACCGUCACAAGCGCGGUAAAAUCACCAUGUCGGAAUGGGCCGCCUUUGACAAUCUCCUCGCCAAAUCGGACGCAGAGUAUGAGAUCGCUUUCAGGUUGUUCGACGAAGAUGGUACUGGUUCGAUCAAGUCAGACACCUUCCAAAAGAUCUACGAACAGAACAGAGGCCAAGAGAGUAUCCCCUUUGAUUUCAACUCGGAAUGGGCUUCGCUAUAUAUUGGUGGGAAAAAUAAGAGACAUGAGAUGACCUACCCACAAUUUGCGCAGAUGAUGCGUGGUUUGCAGGGCGAGCGCAUCCGGCAGGCAUUCCAUUUGUACGACAAAGAUAAAGAUGGCUAUAUCGACCCAGAGGAUUUUGAACGCAUCAUCCGAGCCACUGCGGGACAUAAGUUGUCCGACCACCUCUUGGAGAACCUGCCAACUCUGUGCAAUAUCUCGUCGGGCACCAAGAUCUCGUAUGCAAAUGUCCGCGCCUUCCAGAACGUCAUCCGCGAGAUGGACCUACUCGAUCUGAUCAUCCGUAACGCCACCGCAAAAUCUCCAGACGGCAGGAUUGAUCGUACGGAUUUCCUCAACGAGGCUGCUCGGUUGACCCGCUUUUCUCUCUACACCCCCAUGGAAGCCGACAUCUUGUUUCACUUUGCCGGUCUCGACACCCCUUCCGGCCGGUUGGCUCUAGAUGACUUCGCCAAGGUUUUGGAUGCCAGCUACCAAACAGCCGGUGCGAAAUUGAAUGCUGUGGCCGAAGCUGCCGACCGCGCGGUGUCCAAAUCUCAACAGUUGCUUCGCGGCUUGCUCGAAUCUGCACACCAUUUCGGUCUUGGCUCCAUCGCCGGCGCGUUUGGUGCAUUCAUGGUCUAUCCGAUCGAUCUGGUCAAGACACGCAUGCAAAACCAGCGGAGCACCCGACCUGGUGAACGACUUUAUGAGAACUCCAUCGACUGUGCCCGCAAGGUUAUACGAAAUGAAGGUAUUCGUGGCUUGUACUCGGGCGUACUGCCUCAAUUGGUCGGGGUUGCUCCUGAAAAAGCCAUCAAGCUCACAGUGAAUGAUCUCGUGCGAGGAAGAUUUACGGACAAGCAGACUGGCAAGAUCCCCCUCUGGGCGGAGAUCCUUGCUGGAGGUUCCGCAGGGGCGUGUCAAGUGGUCUUUACCAACCCGCUCGAAAUCGUCAAAAUCCGCCUGCAGGUCCAAGGUGAACUGGCCAAGAAAUCCGACGCGGUUCCCAAACGUAGUGCGAUGUGGAUCGUUCGCAAUCUCGGUAUCCUGGGCUUGUACAAGGGUGUCACAGCAUGCUUGUUGCGCGACGUUCCUUUUUCGGCCAUCUACUUCCCCACGUACAGUCACCUCAAGAGAGAUUUCUUCGGCGAAUCACCCACCAAGUCGUUGGGUGUAUUGCAGCUGUUGACUGCCGGUGCCAUUGCAGGCAUGCCAGCAGCAUAUCUCACGACCCCUUGCGAUGUGAUCAAGACCCGACUGCAGGUAGAAGCCCGUAAGGGAGAAGCAACAUACAACGGUCUCGGAGACUGCGCGCGCAAGAUUCUCAAAGAGGAAGGGUUCAAGGCCUUUUUCAAGGGCGGCCCGGCACGUAUCCUGCGUUCAUCACCGCAAUUUGGCUUUACGCUGGCAGCGUACGAAGUGCUGUCGAAGCUGCUCCCGUUCCCUGGUUCAGACGAGGCCGAGAAGAAGUCGGCAGGCGGAGUCACAGGCAGAGUGGAACCGGGCGUUGGCCUUAGGGAGGCAAAAGCCCCGUUACCGUACCUGCGCAGCCGGAAUGCUUUGAAGAUCUUGCUUGACCUGGACGUUAAUUUCGGCCGGGUCAAGCCGGGUCAGCUGCAGCAACAUGCCAUGGCAGCGGCAGCGGGCAAGGAGGCUGUCGAAAAAGGCGUUGGCUGGUUCGGAGGGAAACUGUGA